AAUUAGACCACCAAACCAACAUCUUCUACGUGCCUGAGGCUUUCCUUGUGCCAGGAAGAUGCUACCUCUUACCCUCCCCAAACAAACACCAGAGAAGCACAUAUGCAGCUUUUGAUUGACUUCUUAAGAGGGCCUAACAGAUCAGACAGAAAAUCUCCAGUGCCUUACAUCUCUAAAGAACAUUGAAAUGAUCAGCUUUAUGGAUAGGAGCUUCUCAGGCUAUCUUAGGUUGCAGCAAGCGUAAGUCCAAUAUUUGCGCUUGUGGUUGCCUGCCACACUAGGCUACUUGGUGUAGAUUGAUUUUAAAGAUUUACCAGUUAACCAUUAGAAUAAAGUCACUAUACAAUCUCUUUAAAAAGUGUUUCCUGAGAUACUUAUACCGAGCCUUGUUGUACUUCUGACUAUUAAAGUUCCAACUUGAUGAAUAAUGUCAUGUGGAAAAGUCCCCACACCCCUUAUCUUUUAGCUCAAAUUUUGGUCCAGCACAACAAGCAACAGAGUUAGUAAUCCAUGCUAAUUUCAUGAGCCAGGAUCUUGAUGAAAUAUUAGCUAGUUUUUUUUUUAAAACCUCUUCUUACAAAAUGCUGCAACCAACCAAUCACAAAAUUGGAUUUUGUGGCUUUUUAAGAAUUCUCAUCUAGGCUCUGACUCACACCUAUGGUGCUUUAGGAAGAUGACAGUGUCACAGGGUGAAGAAACACUGUGGGAGUUGCUUUAAUAAUAAUUAAGGCUUGAACUAAUGUUUUGCAGUAUCUGUCUCAGAAUCUCUUUUUCUCAGCACUGUGAAGAGACUGGAGAAAGGGAUAUUAUGGGGUUCAAAGCUCUCUGUUUGGGUCUGUUUUGUGCUCUCUGUGCUUCUUACAUUUAUAUCACCAUUCCAGGCAACAUUGAAGAAUACUGGAAAGUAAUAGCCUUAUUUACAGUUGCUAAAACCUGCACAUUUAUGGAUAUGUGUUUUGAAAACUUAGGUAUUAUGAAACAUGGGGACUUAAUUUCCAUGAUAUUCAGUCUGGACUAUACACAGCCACUCUCAGAUGAAAAUGUCACAGUGACCAAUACAAUAUUUGUUGAUACUCUAGUACGUUUGUACUUGCCAAAGAGAAAGUCAGAAAUCCGAAGACCAGCUGUCAUCUAUAUUCAUGGUGGUGGUUUUUGCUUUGGAAGUUUCAAGCAGAAGGCUUAUGACUCCCUGAAUAGAUGGACUGCAAACAAACUCAAUGCUGUUGUUGUGGGAUUGGACUAUAGACUAGCUCCUCAACACCAUUUUCCUGCUCAGUUUGAAGACAGUUUCACUGCAGUCAAAUUUUUUCAAGAUAAAAUUCUUAGAAAAUAUGGAGUGGAUCCCACCCGAAUCUGUCUUUCAGGAGACAGUUCUGGGGGCAAUUUGGCAGCAGCUGUGACUCAACAGGUGCAGAUUGAUCUUGAAAUAAAGCAUAAAAUCAAGCUUCAAGCUUUAAUUUACCCUAUCUUACAGAUAAUAGAUUCUUGUUUGCCAUCUCACAAAGAAAAUGAGCUUGGUAUAAUUCUAGCAAAGGACUUGGGCAUAAAACUCGUUAGCUCAUAUUUAACCACUGAUGAAACAGUUACCCAAGCAAUGAGAAGAAACCAACAUAUGCCUCUGGAAUCAAGACACCUGUUUAAGUUUGUUAACUGGAGUACUCUUUUACCCAAGAAGUAUAGAAAAAACCAUGUUUAUACCGAACCAGUUCUUGGAAGACAUAAUUAUUCAUUGCCAGCACUUAUGGAUAUCAGAGCAUCUCCCUUGUUAGCCAAUGAUUCUCAGUUACAGAAUUUGCCAUCAACCUAUAUUCUUACCUGUCAGUAUGAUUGUGUAAGGGAUGAUGGACUUAUGUAUGUCACAAGACUUCAGAAUGUUGGUGUUCAAAUUACUCAUGACCAUAUUGAGAAUGGGUUCCAUGGAGCUUUAUCGUUCAUGGUGUCACCAGUGUACUUACGUCUAGGUCUCAGGAUAAAAGACAUGUAUAUUAGUUGGCUGGAUAAGAAUUUAUAAAUGUAAUAUAUAUAAAAUAUAUAGGGCCACCAGUUAAUGGGUUGUAAUUUGUGAUAUACAAAUUAUCACAGGUGUGGUACAAAGAACAAUGUCAUUUGUGUUAUCUGAAUGGAGAUUAAAAUCAGUUAUAAAAGUGACUGUAUGUCCUUGAGCUAGUUAAUUUUUCUUAUUCCUAGAACUGCAUGUGUAAAAUGUAUAUAAUCCUUUUAUUUAUAGUUUAUGAUAAUUAUGUUUGUCCUAAUACAAACCAACACCUAUUCAAGUUGAGAAUAAGAAUGGUUACUGACACUUUAGAGAAGAUGGCAGAGAAAUUAUAAUAGUGAGUGGGCAAAGGAAAAAUAAAGGGAAAAAGUUACAAGGUAA